CGUUGGGCAGUUUCCAAGUCCUGCUGGAAAGUAAAAUCAGCAUCUUCGUGCAGCUAGUCAGCAGAAGGAAGCAUAUCCUGGUGCAGUUGCGCUGACUUUAGACUUGAUAAAACACAGUGGAGCAUCAGCAUCAAGCUUUUAUGAGCCGUUUCACACGACUGUGUCCGCAGCUCCGGCUGUGUAGCAGAUAGUGGCAGCGCCGCGGUUUACGAGCGGUUCUUGAAGACGGCGUUGGUCACCUGACUCAAACUCCAAGUCACGUGACUGAUAUUCCAUCCUCGCCAUUUUGCAAUGUGGUGAGAGAGAGAGGCCACUUUUUAUGACUAACGAAUGCAAACUCUCUAGUUUUACGCGCUGAGGGCAAAGAGCGUCGAGUCUUGCUGCGUCGGUAAUGGAUGAGAAUAGCAGUGUUGCUGUCCUCAUCUCAAAGUCCUCCUCUGCAUCUGAUGCUUCUUCCUCUGCUCCAGUACCUGGAUCUCACUUUCUGACCCACCGUCAGGGGGUCGUAGAUCAGGAUAUCCCAAGGAAUAUCCUGCCAAAACAGGUGGAUGAGUCCCUCAUCCAGGUCAUUGAGAAGCUCAGCAAGAUAGUUGAGAAGCGGCCGCAGAGGCGCUGCACUGUGGGGGGGCCGAAAAGAGGCCAAUAUCUGGACUCCUCCGCUGGGAGAGGAAGUACCGAGGUGAGAUUCAGCCUGGGAAGUUCUCCUUACAAGAAAAUGAAGAAUAACUGUAAUGAGGAGGUCAGAAUAGAUGACAGCAGUGCAGACAGUGUCUCUUCUUCUCUUGGUAUGGGUGACAAUAACAACAAUAGCAUCACCUCUGCAGUGACUGAGGUUGCUGGCGGGUCACACCACAGUGAUCACAAACGGACAGUAACGUGCUACCAGUGCAGCCUUUGUCCCUACCUCUCCCAGACGCUGACCCAGCUCAGAGAGCACCUGAAGCAGCACAAUGAGCAGCACAGUGACCUCAUCCUCAUGUGCUCUGAGUGUCACUUCACCUCCAGAGACCAGGACCAGCUGGAGGCACACGUCAGGCUGCACUGCGAUGACCGAGGCAACACGAAGAGAACUUCCAUGCUCACUUUGGGUGAGGAAAUGAUUUUAAAAAAGGUCGGGGAUGAGGAGCAACACAGUACAGGUGCUGAAGUGAUCAAAAGUUCAGGAGAUGAGCAACAAAAGAAGAAGAAAUGGUAUAGCUAUGAGGAGUAUGGUUUGUACCGCUGCUUGAUCUGCAGCUACGUGUGCAGCCAGCAGCGAAUGCUCAAGACGCACGCUUGGAAACACGCCGGCCUCGUCGACUGCUCCUAUCCCAUCUUUGAGGAAGAGGAAGGUGGUUCAGCAAGACAAGAGACACAAGCCGCUACCAACAGUAUUGUAUCCCGAGAGGAUUUAGUUAUUCUGUCCCCAAGUCUUCAUGAUAAAAGUCUGCCGAAGCUCCCGGCUGCCAUCAACCUGCAGCUCUGCAUGCCUGUGGCCACUGAGAAUCAACAGGACCUAUUCAAUCUUCCAGGCUCUAAAUCCAGGGAAGGUUCUGCAACAGCUAUAGAUGAAGAAGAGGAGAGUGGAUAUGUUCCCAAAGAUGUGAGCUCUGAGGAGCCUGUGGUGGAGGUGCAGGUGACCACUGAGGCACAUGGUGACAUGGAGGUUGACAGUACCCAAGACAGCCCCUCUGUUACUGACAGUCUGCUGUCAUCAGCCCAGAAGAUCAUUAACAGCAGUCUGAACAGUGCUGGUCAUAUAAACGUGAUCGUAGAACGCCUUCCUUCAGCUGAAGACUCAGUAAUGGUGACAAAGCCUCUUCUUCUCAGCCCAGACAUGGAUAGAGACAAGAGUUUGCUGGAUGUAAAGGAGGAGGAGCAGAACCAUUUGGGAGGUGUUGCUGUCUGUGCAGACAAUUCCACCAACAGUAAGCCAUUACGUGCUGACUGUAAGUCUCCUCUCUCUAAAGGUGAUGCCUCCCCAAGGGAUGAAAACAUCCCACCGGCUAGUCGCAAGCGAACACAUUCUGAGUCUCUCCGCCUCCACUCUCUGGCUGCAGAGGCUCUGGUUGCUAUGCCAAUGAGGACACCAGAGCUGCCCACCUCCAUCCCCAAGGUGAAUCUGAAGACUGUUUUACCGCAGAUGCACAGCCAACACAUGGGCCAGAGGCUCUUGGACAUGACUCAGAGUGGACAGAGGGAAUCUGACAUGGAGAAAACAGCGGCCCUGUUGGACUUGGAGCUUUGUAGCCAGGGCAAAGAGGAGGAAUUGGGGUCCCUGGGCCUUGUUGAGGGUGAUGAGGAAAGUCCUGCCACCAAAGCCGGAAUCAGCCUUUCACUGCUAACCGUCAUCGAAAGACUUAGAGAGCGCUCAGACCAGAACGCCUCCGAUGAAGACAUAUUGAAAGAGCUUCAGGAUAAUGCACAAUUCCAAAAUGGGGCUAUAGAUGGAGCGGUCACUGGGAAUGGAGCUGAGAGUUAUGUGUGCAACAUUUCAGGCAUGGAUGGGUUAGCUGGCUCACCUGAUGGGGGGUUGGUGGAUUACAAUCCGGGCAGCGAGAGGCCGUACCGGUGCCGUCUGUGUCACUACAGCAGUGGUAAUAAGGGCUACAUUAAGCAGCACCUGCGUGUUCACAGGCAGAGGGCUCCAUACCAGUGUCCCAUCUGUGAGCACAAAGCGUCAGACAGUAAGGACCUGGAAAACCACAUGAUCUACCACUGCAAGACCAGGAUGUACCAGUGCAAACAUUGUUCAGAUGCCUUCCACUACAAGAGUCAGUUAAGAAGUCAUGAAAGAGAGCAUCACUGCUGCAGCUGUGAUGCAGUGUCGCUCACAACCGGGACCAAUGACAUCACCAAGGUGGAAGAAUCUGAACGGGGAACGGAUGAAGAAGGCAGUGUGCACAAGGUGUACAAAUGUGAUGUGUGCAACUACACCAGCUCUACAUAUGUUGGAGUAAGAAACCACCGGCGGAUCCAUAACUCUGACAAACCAUAUCGCUGCUGUAGCUGUGAUUUUGCCACCACAAACAUGAACAGUUUGAAGAGCCACAUGAGGAGGCAUCCUCAGGAGCACCAGGCUGUGCAGCUGCUGGAGCAGUACAGGUGCUCCCUGUGCGGUUACGUGUGCAGUCAUCCCCCGUCACUGAAAUCCCACAUGUGGAAGCACGCUGGAGACCAGAACUACAACUAUGAGCAGGUUAACAAAGCCAUUAAUGAGGCGAUCUCCCAGAGCAGCCGAGCGUCUCAGAGGUCGUCUACAUUCCUAGAGACGGGGACAGAGUGUCCAGUGGUGACCUUGCUCUCAAAGGAGAAAGCAAAAGCCCAGGUGGAUACUCUCCCAACACACACAUCAGCAACAAAUGCCUCUCUGGGUCCCGACAGCCCCACACCUCCCACAGACUCCCCCACUGAGGCGAAGGACCCUGCACAGUCCCAGUCCCAACCUCGCACAGGCCAGCUCCCCGCCCUGGGUCCUGCCAUGGAGUACUGCGUGCUGCUGUUCUGCUGUUGUAUUUGUGGCUUUGAGUCCACCAGCAAAGAGCGACUGAUGGAGCACAUGAAAGAGCACGAGGGCGACAUCAUCAGCAUCAUCCUCAGCAAGGAGCAGCAUCAGCCAGAAGCUGAUGCCCAGGCGAGCCUCCUGACAGCAGAGUGAGACGUGGUCCUCUCUGUCAUAUUCACACACUGCUUGUGCUUUUACAGCGCUGCUCACAAAUACAUUUCCAUAUGCUUCUAUACCGCAAGGAGGGGAUGGGGGUCAGAAGUCACUUUUCUCAGACAGUCUGAGGCUCUGAUGGCUGCUGUGCUACACGGACACCUUUUAAAGGUUUUAGGAAAAGUAGGAAAUGAUUCUCAGAGAGGAAUCAUUUCAAUCCGUUAUUAUUUAUGUAAAUCAUUUCACUUUAUGAAGCUUUGGCCCAAGUUUGAACAAUAAUAAGCUCAUCCCUCAAUAAAUCACACAGCCACCCAGAGGAGGCUUCCUAAUUUGAUCAAUUUUUUAUGAUGGCAGCUCUUUUAUUGCUACUGUAGUAUAUAAUGUGUUUAGUCCAACACAGCUGGGGUUCUUACCUUGUGGAGAGUAACCAGUACACCUUCAUCAGUGCCUAAAGGCUUGUGUGUCUGCUUGAAUAUAAGGAAUAUUUAUGUUUGUUUCAAUUUCCGUUAGUUGCCAGUUUGAAGAAAGAUGUCUUUUCUUUCAUUUGUUGAAGGAACAUGUAGUUUUAUCUGUUGCACGGUUUAUAAAGUGUCUUCUUGACAACAGGAGGGAGUGGGGGAAGUGGGGAAAUGGCCUUUUCUCUUUGUAAUAUGUGUUGACUGAGGUUUUAGGUUAAAUGCCUGUAGGCAAAAGGAAUGACAAAAAGGGAAGUUAGUGUUAGUUGAUCCAUUAUUUUAAUUUGUUGGUGCCAAGGUUAGAAGUUAAGAAAAUGUUUUCUUAAAGGAAGACACGGUUAUCUGUCAUGUUUGUGGUGCUACGUUCCUUUAAAAAGCUUCAAAAAGUUUAAAUGUAUUUUUAUAUGCGCUGAUGUUUAUGUUGUGUGUGUAGUAAAGAUUUUAUUUAUCAACGUUCUCAAAGGUACAAACCUUUUUCUGAACAGAGCAUUUAGAAAUAAUUACUUACCCAGCUGAACAUUUUAUGGCAUGGCAUGGUUGUAAAAAUAAGGUGACAUGUUUCUAAAUCUGACUGAGUGGAAGCAGCUGCGUUAUCCACCUUAUUCCCCUAACCCAUGAUGCUUUGCACAAACUGUGUGCGCGACCUCCGGAGCAGCAUGCUUACAUGUCUUGCAGAGCAGAUAUAGAUUUAAACGUGGGAAUAUCAACUCUUACACUUUAAAUGGGGGAACAUAAUCACAGUUUCACCUUUCAAAGACUGGGAGGAUGGUCUGAAGAAAUGGCUUCUGAUUAUAUUUACCACCAUAUUUAGCUGCUUUCUCAACUCAACUGCUACGUGAAGACUGUAGAGGUUUAAAAAUGUAAUUUAAUGGUUUUUUUUCUUGGCAUUUUCUCUGCUUCUAAAUUGUAUGUUGAGAUUGGGAUCAGGGAUGGAAAAACUGCCAUGUCAUGCAAAGGAUUAUUAUAUGAUCAUCCUUUUGAAAAGCAGACAUCUCAUCAUGUCACAAUACGAGGAACAGCUUUCUUCCUCGGUGGGCAGAUCGCAGGACCGAUCCUGUUUCACUUUGAGUCCCUGUUUAACACACACCUUCACAAGUUAGACUUGGCCUAAUUAAAGACUGUCUAAACAGUCCAAUAAAAUUCAACCAAACUGAAAGCCAGUUAUUUUUAAAAAUACAGCUCCCUACUAGGGUCCCAUAUCAGGAAAACAUGUAAUCGUAUACAACUGCUGAAAAUUACGAUGAUGAUAUUGAAUACGAUUAACUCAUGUUUUUCUGAGCCUUUUCUUUCUAUACCUUCACACAACAACCACAGCACACUUUCCACGAGCUUUGAGUCCAUCCAACUGGCCAAAUAUGUUAUCAAUAUGUGGAGCAUGCAUGUUCUUAAGUUAUUAUAUUCCACCAAACAUUGCAUCCAAGCAGACCGUUGUGGUAUUGACAACUGGUAUUAUAAUGAUUUGCAAUUCAGUAUAUUGUAAAGCUCUGCCCACAACAUAUUAUCUUCCCCAACCAAACCUCUUUACUGCAGCUGCUGCUAUCUUACAGGAAGUUGUAGACACAACCAAUCCUACAGCCAACACCACGAGGAAUAAGGUGGAUAAGAAGUUUGGAUUAAAACAGUGAAGGGGAGGUAAAUAAAGGCUUGUGUUUGGUUGUUCCAGGCUAACUCUGAACAAAGCAUACAAAAACAUUUGCAUGAGUUUUUUGACAAAUGAAAUGCCUCAGAUUGUUGAUCGUAUGAAGUGAAAUGCUGAAAGCAGUCGUGUAUUUACUAAAAUAUGUUGGUUGUAAUUAAGUUGUUAAGAAUCACAACAUAAACCCUUAUGAAACACUUUAUAUUAAAAUAGAAAGUAACCUUGGUAACAUCAUAUGUAUGUAUAAAACUCAUUCCCCAGGCUCUGCUGGAAGUUGGCAUGAACUGACAGACCAGCACCAGCUCAACAUGUUGAAUCCUCUGAAGUGUUGUUAUUAGUAGAUUUUUAGCUUGUAAGAAGCUGAGCUGCAGGUUUGAUCAAGAAACCAGGUUGUUACUUUUUCAUUAGGUCUUUUUUUGAUAAUGUUUGAUCUGCAGCUUGUAAAAACAUAGAAAGACUGUUGUGAAAAGAAAUCUAAGACCACCUUAACCUUUAUAUGGCCUAAAGUUUGAUUCUACAUACAACUGGAAAACAAAUAGCUUAAAUGUACAGGUUAGCAUUAGGCGUUAGCCAGUUUCAAGGUACCGAACAAGACUUUAGAAUAAAUUUCUAAACUUUUAUAUGCAAGUCUAACAAUGUGUUGGAUUUGUGCUUCUGUUUUCUAGGUAAAGGCUUUGUGAACUGUAACCCUACACUCCAUCUGUGAAACAUUAUGGGGAAGUAAAUAUGAUCUUUCCAAGUUAUUACAAUGAUGACCUUUUUAGUUUUUUUAAAGUUUAUACAUUUGAGAUCUGUAGCUGUGGAUUUUCAUGUACUUCUUCCUGAAAGACCUGGAGUGAAGCAGUUUUGUAGUACUGUUGGACAAUUAGUAACCAAACAGUGUACUGAUGUCACAGUGACCAUUCUCUCUGAUUUAUUCUCCUAUGCACCUGUUUUGAGUGAUAAAUGCAUACUCCACUUACAUUUUCAAAAGACAACAGAGUUUUAGAAGCACAAAUAUAUUCCAUCAUAUUCUUUCUUUGGUUUAAAUGCCUUCUCAUAAAAUGCCAGAGUCCAGGGUAAGGUUAUCUGUGGUCAGAUUUAGCACGAAUUCCCACCCCGGACACCCACCUGUUUGAAAAUAUUAGCAGUAGUGAAAAACAGACAUUGCUAGAAUGCUAGAGAACCUUCCCAAAUUUAAAGUAACCUGUUUUAACCAACAUACAAGAGUGAUGAGGUCUGUCUGUAAAAUUAGAAGCCUUCUGAAGUCUAGUUCCUGUUGCAAAUCAUAAUUUAGCUAACAUCACCAGGAAAUAAUUUGUGUUCUUUGCAAUAAAAAACACAGGUGGUGUUUCAUAUAUGUGUUUAA